AGUCGCUGGCGAUUGUGUUCCUCUUUAAAAUUUUUCAAAUUUUUUUUGCACAUAUUCCCUAUUUUCUUGCCAAUAAUAAAUAAUUUAGCUUCUCCCAAUACUUUGUAACAAGACAAGCGUGAGGAUGGAGUACCUCUUACCCUCUGAGGUUGCGCGCCUAGUGUAUGGCUAUUUAGAAUGUGAAAAAUGUUUCGAAGCUGCCAAUGCAUUCCUAAAAACAUCUGAACACUUACGAGAAUGUUAUCAAAUUUCUUUACUCAAUCGGAAGUUUUCUACCAAUGUCAUGGGCUAUUCACUAUACAAGUGUCUAGAUCAAUUUUGUGCUAUACAUCGAUUAGUUCAGGAUCGAAUAGAAACCAUGCGAGUCAAUCAUAUCUCCAGCCGAGAAUUGGUCGAUCAGGUGGCUUAUCUAAUAGAUGUUGAGUGUAAAGGUCACAGCACAGUCAUGUUCAACAUAACAGUUCCAGUGCAGGAAGACAUAAAUAAAACCAUUAAUGAAACAGUUUCAAAUACAAGAAAAAGCCCACCGCCCAUACCGUUUAAUGAAACCGAUAGUAUGAGUUACUCCGUUUCUAUGGAAGGACUACCCUCCACACCAACCUGGUCUGUAACAAACACAACGUCAACACCUGGAACACAGUCCAUGCCACCUUCAUCCCCUAUUGUACAUUGUCUUUCACCAUCAGUACCUGAAACAACAAAUUUAGAAAGUUUACCUGGUAAUUGCAAGCCUCCAGAAGCCAAAAAACCAAGAGCCAAGAGAAAACAGGUGACAGGAGAGAAUACUGAGGAUAAAAACUCUUCCGGGAAUAAAACCGGUUCGAUCAGUGAUUCAAGUGCCAGAAUACCUGAAAUCAGGAUUGAUGGAAGGAAUCUCAAUCAGAAGCAAAAUGAGAAUGAAAAUUCAGGAGAACUGGAAUCUGUCAUCCAAUCAAUAGUCCAUCAAACUCAGAGUGAUCCUCUCUUUAAAAACUUUUUGGAUGAGUUCUUAAACGGUGAAAAAAACAUUGAUAAUGCUCCCACAAAACGUUCAGAAGCUGAGUCUGAAAAUCCUACCUCGGUUUCCAAGAAUCAAACAAAAGGAGUUGAAACUGACAAAGACUCAGAGACAAAUGUUGCAUCACGGACCAAUUCGAAAGAGAGCAAAGAUCCUCUAUGCAGCACUGAAGGUAAUCUCUCAUCAGUCAAUGAGUCCAAAAUUAAUUAUGUGGAAGAUAGAGAAUCAAACGAAACCAUAUCUGAAGAAAACGAUCAGCAACUAUUAGAAAUUAAUACUUCAGCUCCCACUAACACUGCUGCGGUAGAAUCAAACACAUCCCAUAAGAUCCAGCAAGCACAAUCAGUUAAGAAGCCAAGCAAACCAGCAAAAGUAGCGGAAAAGAUGCCAAGCCAUUUGGCUCCAACGAACCAUCAAACAUUUUCAGUCGUGAAAAUGGGAAAGGUUACCUCCUUAACCCAGAAAAAUCCCUCAAGUUCCAGUAUUGUCGUACUUGACGCCACUUCCACAGUGCCAACCUCAAUCCAAGCUGGCACCGGCACUGUGCCCCUUCCGCAUCGGAUGGUGACUUUACCCAACCAUCCAGCUACUUCCUUGAUAAAAGGAAUCCUCUCUCCCAGCUUAUUUGCAGACAGUACGCUGCCUUUGAACAGGAAAAAAAAUAUACCUCCAACUGUCCUAAUCACUGAAGAUCUGCUGAACCCUCCGAAGCACGGUAUCUAUACCAAAGAUGUGAAACCAUGUAUAAUGGUGACCAAUCAGCUGUAUUCGAACCUUGUCAAUAUUGCCCCCAAAAAUGCACCAAUGACGACCCCUGAAAAAGAAACUCCUAACACAGUGGCUCCAAAAAGACAAAAGGGAAACUCUCAAGGUAAAGUAUCCUCAAAAGGACGUGGAAAGAAACCAAGCUCAGCCGUUACACCAGAAGACGAAAGUAUGGAAGUCAACAGUGAAGUGCAGGAGGAUCCACCAGGAGACUUUGUUAAAUCUCAGAAGGCAAAAACCUUGAUCUCUACCUCCACAGCUGAUUCUGAUGCAACAUCAGAAAAAACAAUAGUCCCCAUCAACUCACCCACAAUAGUUGAUUCCAAUAGAGACUUCGCAGAAAUGCUAAUCGAACAUCUGUCAAGAAGUAACUCUACAGAUGGACAUGUGGAAUAUUUCAAUAAAUCCUCAUCCUCCGUUUUAGGAAUGAAUGGUAACCGCAGCGGGCAGUCGAGUCUUUCUGAAAGAAAUGAGCAGAAAGCAUCAGAUUCAGAAUGUUCCUCUGUGUCGCAUACACAAAGACUAAACUCUGUCGAGGUUGACCUACAGUCUCCUCCAAAUAGUUUCAAACUACCUUUACAAGACUCUGAAGCAGGAUCUUCUGAUUGCUCCGGAGAUAAGACUGCGCAGGAGGGAACUGGAAAAAGUGCAGACAACUCUAAAGAUUCCCAACUUUUUUCUAUUAACAAAGAUUCGAAAGAAAGCUCAAGUAAUUGUAGUGUAGUUGAUACUGAUGUUAAUUGCGACGUACCCUCCAGCAAGAAAGUCUUACACUGUAAAAGCUCAGUCGCUACUGUUGUAUCAAACAGUACCUGCUCAUCUGUAGAAGCACCGAAAGACAAUACAUGCCCUUCUUUACCCUCAGUGAACCCUUUAUCUUCUCACGACAAUAGUCUCUUUGCCUCUGAGUCAUCAUCAGUAGACCAAACAAACAGUUCAGACAUCCAGAAAUGUUCUCCUGCAAACACUUUCAAAAUAACCAGUAUUAACUUGUCGACAGACAAAAUCAAUUCUGAAUUCAAAAAGCUUAUCUCACCGGUCAUUCACAAUCGAACAAAAAAGCUGAGUUUGAGUACACCAAGAGACAAAAAAAGGCAUGUUCGUGCACUGGAUUUCUGCACUCCCACUAAUAGAGAUGGCCCUCCAAGGACAGCCCUUACCUGCCCAAAGCAAACAUUGACUGGUAACAACUCUGAGAGAGAUGAUCGCUUCAAAAAUGUAUGCAGAUCUCAACUUUUUGAGUCUCCCUCAAGUAUCUACCCUCUUAAAAGCAUAGGUGAGGAAACAUCUACAAUACCUGCAUCACAAGAAAAAGCUUGUGCUAUUUUUCAAACAGGUGGCUCUAAGUCCCAAGUAAAAACAACUGAGAGGAAGCUUUCAGCAAUAUUAGAAUCUUCACCGAAUGAUGCCAAGUCAGUCUGUAAGUCGAACCGUGUGAAAGUUGCUAACAAUUUAAUGCCAAGUACAGUAAAAUUGCAAGAAAUUGAUUCUAUCCACAAGCUGUUGAGACUACCUAAAUCUGAGCUGACCCAAUUUAAAAAUCAAAUCUUAUCAAGGAAGAUUAAUAAAAAAGAAAGUGAUUCAUGUCAGUCCCUCACACAAAGAGACCUUGAUUUUGAUGGCUCUGGUGAAUUGACCGAGUCAAAACCUUCUGCCAUUCCCCUUAUUGACCGCUGUAUCAUAACUCAGGGAAAAAUAGCAAAAAGAUUAGAUAGCAGGACAACAAUAAGUUCAGACGAUUGUUCCAGAAAUAGCACGGAAGUUUUUGAACAUGGACUCGGCCCACCAGUAUCAUCGCCUUCGAAAGCUUCCGAUCAUUUUGCUUUGAAUAGAGCAAAAAGUACUGAUUCUAGUCAUAAUUUAGGAUAUUGCGAGUCUGAGUCGCAUCUUUCAGGAGAUAAAUCUAUUCUCCACAAAGCUCUGGUAAAAUCGCAGUAUGCAGCCAAUGAACAGAAAUGUAUUGGUAAUCAAGUAACUUCACCUAUAAAUAAAAGAAAUAGGAAGAAAAGUAAUGAAAGCCCUCGGAAGGAUGAGUUUUGCUCAGCAAAAUUUGGAGCAAUACAAUCAGUAUACAAUCAGCUUUCUGAGUCAUCUCAAAGAGAGGAUGCUGGAAAUAUUGAUGAUUUUCCAAUAGAGAAAGAUUCAUCUAAUAAUUUCAAGGAUUAUGAUGCAAACGUUACAACCGGAAGCUCUUGUGAUGACAAUUUAUUCAUUGUCACAGCGGAAGAACAAGAAAUAGUUACUGCAGCUGAGGAAUCAAAAUUAAAACUAGAAUACAUAGUACCUGAUGACGUGGAGGAUCAUCUAUCUUUUGCUUUGCCAAAAACUAGUUGUAGAAUUGACGACUUAGUGGCCUGUAAUACUUUUAUCUCUCCCUUGAAGACAGAAACUACUCAUUAUAAUGGCGCAGCUAACCAAGUUACAUUCCAUGUGGUAUACGAUGAGUCCCAAGAACAAUCUACUCAAUUCAGUGCCAGUGAUUUGAAACAAAAAGAGGACUUUUUGAAAAAUGCUGUUUUCUUAUUAGAACUUGAGAAUGAUAGUGGUCCAACCGUCCAUAAAUUGACUGUUAGUGAGGAGAGAACGCUAAUGUACAUUCCAUCAAAAGUGGAGCAGGUUAAGCGAGAUGGUCAGCGUAAAAUAAUUAAGAAGAAUGUUUAUCAUCAGUCGAAGGGUAAUAAACCUAAAGUCACAACUUCUACGGAGUCAGUUCAAACAAUCUCCUCUCAGAGGUUGCUUCCAUCACCUCCUCACUCAAGAAGUUUAUAUUCUGUAAAGAAUAGAAGUAAAGAUAAUCCUAGGAGUAUGAGAGACAAUCUCUCUCCGCAGGAUCUUACCAUCAAAAGUGUUCAAAAAAAUUUUCAAACCUCAAAAACAUCUGAUCAUCAAUUAUACCUUGCAUCUCCUAAAAGUCCCAACGGUUACCAGUCUUUAACAAAGACACAUCAUAAUCUAAGUGAAAGGAACUUAUCAUCCUCCUCUAAGUCAUUAUCUGCAGCUAAUUUGAAACCUCCGAAACUUUUGAAAUCAUCUCAUUCGCCCAGCAAAUCAGCAGCAUCAGAAAAGAAGCAUAAACCUGAUUCCUUUAGCUUUGCCGCCCCCUGCAGUCUCAGAAGUUCCUUGAGCCCUCCACCUGUUAAAAAACGAAUGAUUUCAUCUCAUCAUAGAAAAGAAUGGUAUGAAGUUGCAGAUGGAACUAAAAUUCAUACGCCAAAAUAUUCUAAAAAACAUGAGAAAUUCUCUAAGGAAAAAGAGAAAAGCAAUCAUGAUCAUACCGCAGCCCAUUCAGAUAAAAGGAAACCUGAAAAACGUCAUGCAUCUCAAUCCAAAGAGAGUGUAAAAAAACGAAAAUCUAGAGACAAAGAUGAUCAGGCAUUAACGAAGAAAAGGUCAAAGCCUAGUUUACUCGAAAGUGAUCCCAUCAAACACAAUCAAAAUGUUCUUGGUGAAUUCCUUGAAAAAUACAAUUUGAAGGAUAUCAAUUUUGCCUCCUUAAGUAAAAAAAACAAGUAGAAAUUUAUUUUUUCAAAGAAGAUACCUAAAUUAAGACAGGAAUAUCAGUGACACCGUUUUUUGUUGACUACAUUUGUAUUAAUGCAUUCAAAUGAUCCCAGUGCCUUAAAGUUUAUGUAGUUUGCUUCGAAAUCCAAGUUGGGUUUACCUAGCUGUACUCUCUCCUAUGAAGCCUCUAUUGUAUCUCAUCAUCCAUUGUAAAUAUGAGGGUCGCUCACUGAGUAAGUUCAAUGAUCUUAUUUCUCCAAAACCACUAAGGAUAAAUAAAUGCAGCAUAAAGUGGGUAUGAGCUUACGCUCAGUUUUCCAAUGAGCUAAAAAAGUUAAAAAUCUGCUUACUAAUUUGCUGGAAGCGUCUGUCUUGCUGGACCACCUCCCUCUCUUUGCGGGUAUGUACCUAGUCGUAACAUGCACGGAGAUUAUCAAAACAAAAAUUACAAAUCGACGGUCUCGUGAAAGAUAAGUUGUGGAGAAUUCACCUUACUUUUUAAAGUAGUCUUUUCUUUUGUUUUAAUAUAUUCUGAUCAGCUUUCUAAUGACAGCUGAAUAGAGAUCCUUGUCUUGACUUUGAAGCCAGGAAAAUGAGCUUUUUUGACUUCAUCAUCAGUGGCAAACUUACCAGUGCUGAGACCAGAUUUCAAUUCUGGGAAAAGCUGAUGGAAAUCGCUUGGGGCUAAAUCUAGCGACUAUGGAGCAUGGGGUAACCCUCAUAAUCUCUUGCAACUGAUUCUGAAUGAUUGCAGAUUGUGGAAAACUGCUGGAAAAACCCAUUAAGAAAUCUUCAUUUUUAGGCCUUCCCCCAGGAGAGGUUGGUCCAAUAAAUUGGACCUCCCAACAAAGUAGUGGGCCGAUUUUCAACUUUUUUAGUUUGUUGGAUAGCUCUAUGAUAGUUGUAUGGCGGAUACUUACCCCUUGUUAUCGCAUCCAUUUAUCAUUGAUAGUUUUGGAGAAAUCAGAACGUGAAACUUACUUUUGUAGUGAUCUCGUAAAAUAGGUGACUGUGUGACAAUUAUUACUUAAUAUGAUGUAACUGUUCGAAGUUGUUAUAAUAUAGAUUUCAUUUGUUUGUUACAAGCCUUAUUUUUUUCAUAGUAUGUAAGCAUAUAUUUUACUUUUUCAAUUCUCAGGUUUUUAAUUACUGUUUUACAAUAAAAAUUAUUCAAAAAUACCAA